UCCGUACUGUAGCUGUGACAGUGUAUUUGGGAUUUGGGGGGUUAGAGUUUACCCAGUACUAGAGUAGAGUGCAGAGUUCAUACGGUACCAGUACUCGGAAGCGAUACUGCUGUAGCCAUUUAGCUAACCGGCCUUAGUAUUCUCGUUGGCGCGACGCUCUCCACCAAAAGAGUGAGCAAAUAAAUAAAUGUCACCGUAGGACACUACAAUCAUGCGACCACCAUAUCACUGGAUAUUCGCAUCUUGGGGCUCUCAUGCUACGAUCAGGCAAGGGGCUUUCUUGGCCUGCAAGGCGUGAUACAUGUUCUUGUCAAUCGAGAGCACAAGAAGCAGAUAGCAGAUACCACAAUCUUUCAGAUUUCCCAUAUUCAAUCCCCAUUUCCAAAAUACAAUGACAUUCAAACACAAGAAUCCUUUUCUGCUUGUUUGCAGUUUUCUGUUGGUCAAUGGGAACGAAGCACUACCUCAACCUCCACAACAAGAACUAUGUGGAACUCGAGAUCUGACGGCGUUCGAAAGGCAACUGGACUUGCAGCGAAUGACUGCUUUGUUUGGCAGUCCCAGUGACCAUCAAGGCCGCAAGCUUGCACUCCCUCCGUGCGAAGAACUCUGCAAACAAUGCAUCGAGAUUGACACCUACUUUCAUUUGUCAGGGUAUCCGUUGGACAACCAGAACGAAUCGAGUGCCUGGGUGAUUCCUCAUCCCUCGGACGAAUUCCGAAUGUUACGCCAGGAACUGCGCAACAAAACAAUCAAUAACGAAGACAUUGACAUUUCUUCUCCAGGUCGCUUUUCGACCGUUCACGAUAUCUAUCAGUUGAUCCAAGACACUGUCAAUGUCAUCAACACGCGUUAUGCCGACUCGCCUUUCAAAUUCAACUGGAUGAACAGUGACCCCGCAAAUUCUACAGUCCACGUGCGAAACAGCUUUGCGUUUGUCUACGCUGGAAAUGUGUACAAAUCCAAUGACUAUGCCACGCAAGCUCACCAGGGAGAUCGUAGAACCUUGAAUGUUUAUCUGAACUAUCGUAUCUGUGGUCACAUGUUCAUAUGGCAAGAAACGAAUUGCCUCACCAUUGGAGCAGCCACCAAUCCGUCCUACCAACUGGAUCGGACGUCUGAUGGAAUUUAUUUGGCUUAUGAUACGUUGACGGGAGGAGGAUUGGAGAACUACGAUACCGGCAUUUCUCUUGUCCACGAAAUCGGCCAUUGGCUCGGGCUCUUGCAUGUAUUCGAAAGUGAAACGUUGCCCGAUGAAGAGGACAGCAACGACGAGUCUGAUCCGUGUGAUCCAAUCAAUGUGGAUCAUGGGGAUUUUGUGGACGACACGCCCUUUCUGCCCCGGCCGUCCAUCAUGAUGUACCCAUGUUCUUCGACUUUCUACGAACAGCCCGGGGAGGAAAUACCCAACUCUUGUCCAAAAUUGCCAGGAGUCGAUCCAGUGUUCAAUUACAUGAAUUACGUCGGACCCGAAUCCUGCUUGGCACAAGGGCACGGAGAAUUCACUUGUGGUCAAAACCUGCGCAUGAUGCGUCAAUGGCUUCUCUAUCGAGACCAUACUGACAUCUGCGUCCAAGGAGAGAUGGAGGUCAACGUGACAAUGAAGUUCGAUUCCGAUUUUCUUAGCGUCCAUGCGGAACUCGCUCCUUUCAAUAGCAACAACAACGAGCCGAUAUUCAACCUGGAACGGGACAUUGACAUGAGUCUCUUACGGGAACAAGGGGUUGGCAAUGACACUCGUAUCAUGAACUUUUGUGUUCCUCGAGAUGAGUACGUGUUGGUGGUGACGGAUGCUGGCAGAGACGGAUUUGCGGACGGUUUCAUUGAUGUGGCAGUUGAUGGCAAACAGAUUCAUCGUGUCCAGGGAGACUUUGGAGCAACUGAAUGUAUCAAGUUUGGACCAGAUGGGGUCAAGACCGAAUCGAGGAAUGCUGCUGUCUCCAACGACAAAGUGUUCGGCGAAAGUUAUCAUUAUGUUGUAAGUGGACAGGAGACUGGCAUUACUUGCUCUGCUUCCAGCGAACAAUAUCUGGAAGAACCAGUUCCCAUAGUGAAGAAUCUGUACAUGCGGGUAGCGGUUUCCAUCUCAAACGUGACGGAAGGAGUUUGCAUCAACGAUGUUACAAAAUUGGACAUUGCUAUUGAUGGAUCAGUUACCAAUGUGUACCCACGGGAUGACAACGACUUGUAUAGAUUCGACAGCUCCGUUGUAAAAUGCAGAGGGGAGACUUGCGUGGUUGAAUUUGAUCGAGAGCGUCUGGAAGGAAUCUACAAUCCAAGGAAUCCAAAUGGUAUUUACAAUACCACCUGCAAGGCCACUGUGCUGUUGGGCUAUGGGGCGGCCUGCGACGACUUCCUGAGUGACGGAAAGUUUGACUGUUCUGACAGCCCUGAAGUUUUCACUGCAGGCGAGGGUCACGUAGCAUUCUCAUUGCCUGUGUCGGCUUCAAGAUCGUCCUUUCAAAUUGCAUGCAGUUUUUUCAUCAUUGCCUUCACCAGCGCUUGGGCCUGGAUGCAACUAUCGCUUUGAGUGCCAUGCAUCCAGAAUCAGCAUCAUUGCUGCGGCUUCCGAAUCGCAGUGCCCCGCUCUUCGAUUGAUUAUCCCAUACGGGUUCAUGAUGCAUGUACACCCGUCGGCAUGAAGGGACACAGCAAUAGUUUUGCAGAGCAGUCAAGGAUGGGAGUCCACUAGCCCUCUAGCCAUUGCUAACUAGACACUCCAUAUUCCUGAAGAUGAACACUCUUCCAUCUCGCCAGUGCCUCCAUGAGCAAAUGAAAGCAAAUCAGGAUCAGCCUCAAUCAGGACAGUGUCGGUCGAUCUGUCAUGAGGCAGACCAGAAAUCAGACCGUCGUGCAUAGAUCGUUGAUACAAGAAGAUGGGUGCUUGAUUGGAUCCUUGAUCUCCGACCUACCGCUAGCUGUGCUCUCGUUGUUGUUCGGUGAAUGAUUUUCAUCCAAGGAUUCAGCAUAGAGGGGUUGUUGGCUCGAAUUAUCAGCUUCCAGAUCGGCUUCAUCUGAGUGCAUAUUGUCCAAUCCAUGGGCAAAUGGUUUUGCUCCUGUGGGCUCCAGGGUGUCAUCAAGUGAUGGAUUCUCGUUACUCUUGCUCGAGCCGCCACUCUUAUCAGGGUACUUGUUGGCAACCAGAUUAAACUCUGGACCAAACGGAGUUUCGUUCUCCUCAAACAGAGCCAGCUCAUCAUAUUCAUCGUUCUCGUGUAUUGGAAGCUCAAAACAGGAACUCAACUCAGCCACCAAACUUUGCCUAGGUUGGGGUGCCUCAAGGGUGGCCAGAGUACUACUGUUGCACCCGUGCGUUGCUGACACCCGCAGGUCUGGUCCCUUGGACGACUGUUGCGACCGCGACGCCGCCUGCUGAAACAAGACCUCCGUCUCAGAAACGUCUGGAUCAGGCAAAAACGAAAACCUUAAUAUCCGUUUGACGGCAAACCAUCGGCCCAGUUCAGAGUUUUGCUUUCUUUCCCGCAAAUAUCGGGGACGCUGAUAACAAAGAAAGUUCAUGAACCCCUGAAAUGGGUCAAAGAAGGAGUGGAUCAAGAUCAACCCGUAGACAGUACUUCCCCCGUUCAAUUGUUGGAUGAUUCGGUUGGUGGUGGACCAGACAUGGGUCAAGUAGAACGCUCCCAUAUAGAACACUGCUUGAUGAAAGACUUCGAUUGUCCUUCGGUUCAUUCUCCGUUGAUCCUCCUGUCGCUUCCUCCAUCGUUCCAAGAAUCGUUGUUGCUUUCGUGUGGCCAUGGAUGCAUCGGAUGGAUCCAGUUGAUUGUUUUCGAUGCUCGAUCUAUUCCCGGCAGUUUCCCCGUUGUUCCCACUUCCAUCGCUCAUGCUUCCCCGAUUGGUUGCACUUCGCAAGCCCCAAGAUGACGAGCUCCCAAACCUCACUGAAGUUCCCAUGAAUGAUACUCUUUCUUUCGUCAAGAAACUCCUCCUAUCAGGACUACUUUCGCUCGCGUCAACUUGUUUCCUAUCAUCAUUCUGGCCUGUGUUGUUGUGGUCAAUCUCGGAGGUUGGUGGUUGUAUAUUAUUAGGCUGCGAAUUGUUAUUGUCGUCGUCACUGACGACCAUCAAGUUUCUGUCACUGGCAGGUGCAUCGUUCCCAUUUACAUCCAAAUAUCGACUAGACUGCUGUGAUACACCGGAUGCAUAGCCACCGCUAUUGGUUUCGUCACCUACAACAGGCACAAUUGUACGACACUCGGUUAGUAGAGACAAUCUUUUAAUAAGGCCUGGCUACUGCUGCUCCCACAACUUACUGAAAGCACGGUAUCGAGAAGACUUUUUGUCAAUCUUUUUCACAUACACAUACACCAUCAAAGUGAACACAGCUAAAGUGAUGGGUCGAGCCAGGCAAGAAACAAUGAUGUGAGUUGGAAAGAUUGUACUUCAGUCUUCCCUGAGCUGAUCAGGCUGAAUCAAUCGAUACUUACUGGCAGCAAAUAUGGAUGUCCAAAGAGGGGUGAAGUAGAAUACCCAUCGGAUCAAAAAUGUGUGUUGACCUCGGGUGCAUUCGAUACCAUUAUCUUCCGCGAGACAACCGGAGGGAUAUGGGGCAAUCCAGCACCAGAGAUUUGCAUUGUUCAUGUACCCCAUGACAGAGGCCGCGAGAGCGGUCCCGAACCCCCAUACAAAUGCCACCGCAUGCAUGGAUGGUUCUAUCCACUUUCCGAUAUGAGUGUCGGUGAAUCGAUAGUUGAUAACCAAGAGGUAGUAGAGGGACAGGCAACAGUUGUAGAUUGGAAUAGCCACAGCUAGCUGUAAAAAGAAUCCUUGGGCGGUACAGCUUUGCGUGCUCCCCACGGGCUGCCAAAAGGAUCCAGCUGCACUGGGGGUAUCCGUUGGGAGCGGCCAUGUGGAGCCAAAGUUCCAGAUACUCUCCAGGAUAUCAUAAACGCUCAUGGCAAACAGCAACCGGUGAUAAGGAUGCUCUCGCUUGAGCUUGCCCUCAUCACAAGCUCUAAUAUUCCGACGACUGGGCCUUUGCUGAUUGUUGGGUAAACAUCCCCAUAGAACUUCAAUAAAAAUCCAAGUAGACCCGCACAGCGACAGCAACGAGGAUAUCUUGGGUAUAACCGCCAACGCCGUCUGCUGCGCGGGAGAGCAAGGCAUUCUC